UUCAGGUUGAGCUUUUACCUCAAAUGAGAGGUUGAGGAACUUCUCUCCUAGUCCAACUUUAUAGAUGUUGGAACCGACCGUAUCAGAUGCAGGAAAACGUCAUUUUGCUUCUUAACGCAUCAUCUCAUUCUUCCAAGUGACGUUUCCUGUUGGAUACCCCUGGGCCCCAUAAUUGAAAGGUAUGAUCCACCCAACGGACAUAUGUGAAUGAGUUAUGAAUAGAUGAAGAUUUGAAACACAAGCAACAAACCAGAAACCUAGUGGCCCCUCCUUGCAAAUCCUCAACAGCCAUGGCAACCAACAAGUGCGUCCUUGGCAUUCUCUCCAUCAUCUCUUUCUCUCUAACUUUUACCAAAUCCAUGAACUUGCACUUCCCAGCGGUUUUCAAUUUCGGCGACUCCAAUUCUGAUACUGGUACCCUUAUUGCCGCUGGGAUCGAGAGCCUCUAUCCUCCCAAUGGACAGACUGACUUCAAAGUACCGUCCGGGAGAUACUGUGAUGGCCGUCUUGUCAUUGAUUUCCUCUUGGAUGCGAUGGACUUGCCGUUCCUAAAUGCAUAUCUGGAUUCGGUGGGGGUUCCAAAUUUUCGAAAAGGUUGCAACUUUGCAGCCGCUGGCUCAACUAUCCUUCCAGCCACUGCGUCAUCCAUCUGCCCAUUCUCGUUUGGAGUUCAGGUCAAUCAAUUUUUCCGAUUCAAAGCUCGGGUUCUUGAAUUGCUCGAUAAAGGUAAGAAAUUUGAAAGGUACGUUCCAGCAGAGGAGUAUUUUCAGAAAGGGUUGUAUAUGUUUGAUAUAGGCCAGAACGAUCUUGCUGGGGCAUUCUAUUCAAAAACACUGGACCAGAUACUCUCUUCAAUUCCAACAAUCCUGUUAGAAUUUGAAACUGGAAUAAGGAGACUGUAUGACCAGGGGGCGAGGUAUUUUUGGAUACACAACACAGGUCCUCUGGGAUGCUUGGCUCAGAAUAUCGCCAAAUUUGGAACCGAUCCGUCAAAGCUUGACGAGCUAGGAUGCGUUGCUUCACACAACCAAGCCGCUAAAACCUUCAAUCUACAGCUUCAUGCUUUCUGUGCGAAAUUGCAGGGCCAAUAUCCUGAUGCGAAUAUCACAUUUGUUGACAUCUUCACCAUAAAAUCAAACCUCAUUGCAAACUACUCUAAAUAUGGUUUUGAACAACCUCUGAUGGCGUGCUGUGGAUAUGGAGGUCCACCACUUAACUAUGACAGUCUCGCAUGUGGGCAAACGAAGGUGAUCAACGCAACCACUAUCACAGCGAAAGGUUGCACCGAUAGUAGUGAGUAUGUGAACUGGGAUGGGAUUCAUUACACUGAGGCUGCAAAUCAGUAUGUGGCGUCCCAAAUUCUUACCGGGAAGUACUCGGAUCCUCCUUUCCCAGACAAAAUGCCUUUCCUUCUCAAGCUCAAGUUCUGAAUACUGAUAUUCUUGUAUACAUGAUUAUUUGAUUCUUUCUUUACUGGUGUCUUGAAAUCCGCACAUAAUUGUAGACCUUGAAAUUCGAAAUCAAGCCCUCAUCAAUGAAUUUCUAUCUCCAAGGGGUUAUAUGA